AUGAAGCAAUCAAUGGAUAUGAAUACAUAUAGACAUUGUAGUCACAGUGAUGACAUUGUGAGUGCCGCUAGAGGCGCGGACCGUGGCGCGCCCCGCGAGGCCGGCGUAACGUCGCUGCAUGGAAGGCCGUUUCCGCGCAGCGCACCCGACACUCGCGCCCCGGCUCCCACCGCGUCCGCACGCGAUGGCCACGCCUUGACGCCGAGCCAUAAUAUACGUGCUAGUUGCUCCGACCCACACGUGCCACAAGCCACGAUAUACCCGUGCCACAGAACUGCCCCCAGCCGAAUACCACAGCCAAGUGUUCAAAGCUCGUGUAAAAUCGACGCAAAACGGUCAAGAGGCGACAUGGCGUCGCCUAGAUACUUCUUUCUUCUGUUGGCUGUCUUCUUCCUUAGUUAUUGUAAUGCAGGACCUCUGCCUAAUGUGACGAUGGUGGAUUUAGGAUUAAAAGAAGGUAGCUGUGCAUUAGGCGAUGUGGUGUACAUGCCAGGCGACGAGUUCCCCGGCGCCGGCCCGUGCGAGCGCUGCACCUGCUCCGGCGGCGGCGUGCGGUGCGCCACGCAGCGCUGUGAGCCACGUCCUGGCUGCAAGGCCGUGCACAGGCCAGACCACUGCUGCCCGACCUACCAAUGCGAAUGUGAACAAGAAGGUCGUGUAUACGGGAACGGAGAAAAGUUGGUGGAUCCACUGGACCCUUGCCGUGUGUGCUACUGCCAAGGUGGAGAAGUAGUGUGCCGUCGUAUUGCAUGCUUUGUUCGGGAUGACUGCCAGCCGCGACUUGUCCCGGGGCGAUGCUGCCCAGAAUACGAUAACUGCCCUGUUAGAGAUGGUACUCCAGUACCUGGCGGAAGUUCAUCAGUCUCCAGCGUAUCUUCUAUUAUAGAUGCGGAAACUAGCGUAGCUCCAUUACCUCCGAGCGAGCCCAAAAUACCUGAAAUUACAAUCAAAGAAAUAACUCCCGUAUCUGAGAUCCCGGUCAUAACCGAUGUUAAAAUAAAGGAAAUUUUACCCUCACCUAGCAUUGAAGUCGCUGAGUAUUCAUCGUCAAAAUCACCACCAAUUACGCGAGAAGCUACUUCUGAGAAUCCCUCAAAAGAAGAAAAAUCACAAAUUGACAGCUCGGAAUCGAAAGAAAGAGUGUCACCUCCAUCUAUAGCACCUGAUCUAUCUACGUCCUCUGAAAAAUCUUCUGUAAUCAAAACUGAUGUACCGCCAUCCAAAAUCAGUCUGCCAACACAAGAUUCACUUAAUAACAUCGAGCCUUCUAAAAUUCCUAGUAUCAUUCCAUUGAUGGGCCCAUCUAUGACUGACAUAAGCCACUUUACUACUAAAACAGCAAUUAUUGAGGAAGAGGAUAUGGAUCAUAAUCCAGCAUUCCCACCCAUUCCCGACGACUUAUUUUUAGUUCUAAGUAAUCAUGAUGAAGAAAUGCCAGAACAAUCUUUAGAUAAUGAACACGUGCCAAUGGAUAAUGAUGUCAAAGUAUCAAAUGUGCCAAUAUCUACUCAGGAACCAAUCUUUAAAGAAAGUCCAGCGACUACUGUAAGCUAUGUAUCUGACGUAGUAACUGUUACUAAAGGAAAUAUUCCAGACACGUCUGUCGAGUCAAGUACAUACCGAGAUACUACCAUUAUUACUCAAUCACCACUCACUAAAGAGAACACAAUGCUGAAUAUGAGAUCCGUUAUACCCACAGAUAUAUUGAACUCACCGUCUUUAAUAUCUGACGACGUUACUGGCGAUAUAUUGGACGUCACUGAAAGCCCAGCAACUACAGCUUUAAUCAAUGAAGUGUCAUCAACUGAAAUGAAUACUGUAGAUAUUUCUACAGACAUUGUAAGUACAGAUACACAAGUGGUUAUUGAAGAAAAUAAUUCAGAUGCGGCAUUUAAUGAUACUAUGGCUGAUAAUACUCUCAUAUCAACUGAAAUCAUCCAGCAGGGUAAUGCAGUAGAUGAAACAACUAAUAUUGCAUCUAAAUCGACAGAAAUUCUUUCGGAAACUGAAUUCAGCUCUAUACCCAUAGAAACUAGCGAUCAAAACCCACAUGAAGUUUCCGAACCUGAAAAAGAUGAUAAUACUACAGAAUCUUCAAUCUUAAAUGGUUCAUUUAAUUCAGAGUCCAGUAAAUCAUCAUCUAAUAGAGAUGAAGUUAUAAUAGUCUCUAAGUCACUUCCCUCUACAAAUGAUCAGUCAUCUGAGAGUGUUAAAUUAUCCGAAUAUAUGCAAACUUUUAGUUCUCAAGAGAGCACAACAGAUGCUGUCGAGUUCAUCAAACUUACCUAUGAUUCAGAUAAAAAUUCUGCUUUGAUUGAACCUCCUCAAAGAAAUAAUAAUGUCCUGACGGAUCUAAUAAACUUGGUUGGUGACGUUGCAUCUAUCAGUGAUCAUACUGAAACACCUGAAGUCGAGCGUCACACGUUGAGUCCUACUACGAUUUCGGAUUCUGAAGAAUUAAUCCCAGUAAAUGUGGCCGCCGGAUACAAAAGCAAAAAUAAAAAUUGGAAUCUCAAUUCCAUAACAGAAGUGCCACUUAAAAUUAAACAACAAAACAAGCAAAAAAUUGUUGAAAUUGAAGAUACAAAUAACAAAACUCAGAUAACAGGUAGAAAGGAUAUAGAAAUAAUCACACAAUCCUACGUGCCAACAAUCAAUAGGCGACCGACCAAAGUUAUCAUGAAAAACGAGGAGACGCCUACUGAAGGUGACGUCACCAGUGAUACCAGCGACACCAGUGACGUCGCAGCCAACGUCAGCUCCGAGGGGACGGCCGCGCCGGAACUCUCCACUGAGAGCCCUCUCCCGCAG